GGUGAUGUGCCCAUGUCGUGUGUGGACGCAUUCAUGCUCAAGGUGCUGGAGAUGGAGGCUGAUGAGGCUGUUGUUCCUGUCUUUGAACUCUCUGGAGUCUCUUAUCUCUUUGUCUCGCUCUCUUCGCUCUACCUCUUGGCUGUGACGAGGAAGAACUCCAACGCUGCCAUGAUCAUGACCUUCCUCCAUCGCUUUGCCAACGUCCUCACCGAGUACUUCAACGAGGUCGAGGAGGAGUCGAUCCGGGACAACUUUGUGGUCACGUACGAGCUGCUUGACGAAGUCAUGGACUUUGGUCUCCCGCAGACGACCGACUCCAACAUCCUCAAGGAGUACAUCUUUGAGGAGGGUCACAAGCUGAGCAAGAAGGGCAAGGCUGCGUCGUCCAAGCAGGUCACCGUGCCCAUGACCGUCACCAACGCCGUCUCGUGGCGAUCGGAGGGCAUUGUCUACCGGCGCAACGAGGUGUUCCUUGAUGUCGUCGAGUCGCUCAACCUCCUUGUCUCGGCCACCGGCACGGUCCUCCGCUCGGAGAUUGUGGGCUCGGUCCAGAUGCGGACGUAUCUCUCGGGCAUGCCUGAGCUCCGGCUCGGCCUCAACGACCGCACCCUGUACGAGGCUGUCGGCGCCGGCGCCUCGCGCAAGUCGGUCGAGAUGGAGGACAUCAAGUUCCACCAGUGUGUCCGCCUCUCGCGCUUUGAGCGCGACCGCACGAUCUCGUUCAUCCCGCCCGACGGCGAGUUUGAGCUCAUGUCGUACCGCAUGCAGACCUCGGCCAAGCCGCUCAUCUGGAUCACUCCCAUCGUCGAACGCCACAAGGGCUCGCGCGUCGAGUACAUGAUCAAGGUCACCCCGCAGUUCAAGGCCCGCUCCAUGGCCAACAACGUCGUCAUCCGCAUCCCGGUCCCCGCAGACUCGGACUCGCCCAAGAUCAAGACCUCCAACGGCUCGGCAAAGUACGCCCCGCAGGACGACAUGAUCGUGUGGACCAUCAAGCAGCUCCGCGCCACCGACGGCGAGUGCUUCCUCCGCGCUCACUUUGGCCUUUCCUCGCUCGCCUCGGAGGAGUCGGACGCAAAGCCGCCCAUCCAGCUGGAGUUUGAGAUUCCGUUCCAGACCCUCUCGGGCGUCGUCGUCCGCUACAUGAAGGUCCUCGAGGCCUCGGCCGGCUAUCAGGCCCUCCCCUGGGUCCGCUACCUUACCCGGAGCGGCUCAGUCGAGUUCCGUACCAAGUAAAUGCGUCGCAGGACUC